AGAAAACAAAGGUUUCUUCACGUUGAAAAGAUGACUAUCUUCGCGAUACGCGCGCAGAACACCGGUGGUGUUCGCACUGGCGGCGACGAGGCGGAGCGCGGCCGCUCGGCCGUGUGCCUCGCGGUGGUCGGCACGCUGGUCGUCGUGCUCGGCCUGCUGCUGGCCAGCGUGCUCGCGCUGACGAGGUUGAGCAGCGAGUGGGAGAGCCCUCGCCGCUCCCCCGAGACCACGGACAGCACGGAGGCGCCGCACUACGUCUCGCUGAAGGCCCGUCGCCACGGCGAGCGCCCCGCCGCUUGCCGUACCGAGGCGUGCACUGCGGCCGCCAAUAACGUCAGCCUGGACACGACGGUCAAUCCGUGCGGCGACCUGUACGGUCACGUCUGCAACAACUGGAUCAGAGGGGGAGCCGGCCGGGCGGAGGCUUUGGACGCACGGAGCUACCGACGCACAGUAGAUCACGCGCACCAGGCCGCGCUGUCUCGCGCCCUGCACAAGAUCUUGGCGCGCAGAACAGGAAGCCGGUCGCUGCCGUAUGCACUGCGGCGUCUCUACCGCAAGUGUCUCAAGCCAAGACCCGAAGACGGAGUCCAGUUUCGCUCCAAGCUGCUCGACAGCGCUGGCGUCGCACCAUGGCCGCAGCCCCGUCGGGACACGGCGAACGCCGAGGACGUGUCCAAGGUUCUGGGCAACGCGUACUACUUCACGAACGAGCCGGUGCUCCUGCGAAUGGGAGUGGGUGCCGACGGGCUCGUGUUUCUUGCCGAGCCCCGGCUGCUCAUGGACGGCCCCGCGGCGACACCAGGCGACGUGGCACAGGCGGCCGCCGCGGCUUUCGUGUCGGCUGGAGGCCAACUGCCGCCGCCCGUCGACGUGAACCGAGUCGAAAAGCUAUUGGACUCGGCCCGAAGGGGUGACGACCCCCCGCCCUGGAACACAACGAUGCACCUGCCGGAGGUGGAACCGGACGGCGGCCGACAGCGUACCGCCAAGAUACCGCAGAGCGCCUGGGCCUCUUGGAACCUGCGCACGGUGAUCGAGGAGGCGUUCGAGCCUCGCGAGGCCAUCAGCGAAGUCGUCGUCCGGGCACCGAACUACGUCGAGGCGCUGCCGGACUUGCUCAAGCAAGUCAAGGAGCACGAGCUACUCAACUACCUGGGCCUGCGCACAUCUCUGCUGGCGUCCCGCCUGCUGCCAGCCGGCCCUGAGAAGCAGCUGCUUUGUCGGCUCACUGAUGUCGAUGACGUUGCGCCGGCCCGCACUGCCGACGAGCACUGCGUCCGAAUGAUAGCGAAGUACGAGCCGGCGCUGGCGCUAUACGCUCUGUCUACACGGUCGUCGCUAGUGACCGGCCUGGAUGCCGAGACCCUGCUAGUAUUCCUGCACCGCCAGCUGUCCAGCCUGUUGCGGGCAGGGGCCCUGGGUACCGACAACAAUUCCCUCUCGACCAUGCUGGCAGACCGGGCGGACGCCCUGCAUUGGGUGGGGCCUGCCCCGGAAUGGCUCAACAAUGCCACCACGCGCCAGGCAUACAUCGCCAGGCGAGUGACACCCAAUGGAAACGCACUUCCGGAGCCCGGGGACCCUAUACAGACACUCAAUUUUUCUUUUUGGUUCUACGACACGACUGCUCGGCCUGCGUCCUCUUCAAAGGGUGCCGCACCAGCCGUGUUCGGCUGGAUGCAGGAGAAGGUGGUCAACGAACACCUGGCGCUCAACGAGCCCGACCGGUUCGUGGCCGCCCACUGGACACCCGGCCUCUUAUCGACGCGCUGCAGGGUCGUGCUGCGCGAAGAGCAGUCAGUCGCCACCGGCGGGGACGAAGAAGGGAACGACGACGACCCAGUCAAGGGGCUCCCGGAGGCCACGCUUCAGGUACCACCGGCGGCGUUGGACUUGCUGUGGGCGACCAGUCCUUCAACGGCCAUGCUUCAGGUGGCACGCGUUGGCGUACGUGCCUACGAGCCAGUGCUGCGGCACCUGCUGCGCUGGCUGCAGCGGCAACAGCGCUCGGGGCGGAACCACUGCUCGAAGUGGACCACAGCUGCUCCCGACAACUUGGACGCUGCACUCGAGUCGCGGGCGCUGUCCCUGGCGCUUCGCGCCUUCCUCGCGUGGCCGGGCGCACCAGAGCUCGUGUUGCCGGGGCUGGAGCACCUGAGCCCCGAGCAACUUUUCUUCCUCUUCUACGCACUCAACCAGUGCGAAGCCAACAGUCCCGACGUUGAGCAGAUGCUCGCUACGAAGAAGAAGCGCUCUCGUGGGACAGCCAGACCAGGCCUUGCUGCCUGGGUCAACAGGGUGACUUCGACGAACGAGGACUUUGCCCGCGCCUUCAAGUGCACUCAGCUGCCAAAGCAGCCCAACCCUUUUCAGGACUGCAGCAAAGCGGCGGCCUAGGUGUCGGAGGCAUUUCUGCCGCCGAGUGCUGAAUUAUUCAGACGUCUUUUUUUUCACGUGCGAAAAUAUACAUACAUUUAAAAAAAAAACACCCGACUACUGCUAUUGUUGUUUUGGAAAGUUUCGGUAACACGUCGUACAAGCCUUCUUUGUUUUUUUUUUGUUUUUUUAUCAUGGGUAUACUGUCAGCUGUCUGACAUGGUCCACCACAAAAAGGUGCCGCCGAAAGCGCCUGGAGACAGCUUUUAAUUAAUCUUUUCAGCGCGCCAUCCAACUCAAGAUUUCGAUGUGUGAUAUAAAUUUUGCUUUGCCUAGCCCUAUAAAACCUAAACGCGCGGUUUCACGCCCAUGGAAAUUAGAACAACUUGUUCUCGCUUGUUUCUGGCCAUGAAGAACGCAUUUGUACAGAAGCAAUGAAAUGUAACAUAAGUAAAUAUUAUUAUAGCAAUCAACUAGUAAUUAGCUUGCUGGACUAUCCACAACUAAGAACUCGCUCCAAGCUCCCAAAGCGCUACUAAAGAUUAUUCGUCAAGUUUCCCACGCUCAAAUUAAAAUUUUGAGCAAGAAAAUUAGCCUAGAAAAAAAAAAACGACACCCGCCGUGGUUGCUAAGUGGCUAUGGUGUUGGGCUUCGAAGCGCGAAGUCGCAGGAUCGAAUCCCGGCCACGGCGGCCGCAUUUCGAUGGGGGCGA